AGGACACAAAAGUGGGGCGGGGGAGGAGGAGGAGGGCAGGCGCGGAGAGAUGGGCGACGGCCGAAGCGGCGGCGGCGGAGGAGUGAAUCGGCCGGCGUGGCUGCAGCAGUACGACCUCGUGGGGAAGAUCGGGGAGGGCACCUACGGCCUCGUUUUCUUGGCGCGGACGAACCUCCGUAAGUGCUGCAUUGCCAUUAAGAAAUUUAAGCAAUCCAAAGAGGGCGAUGGCGUCUCUCCCACCGCAAUCCGAGAGAUCAUGCUACUGCGAGAAACUUGUCAUGAGAAUGUUGUCAAACUGGUGAAUGUACACAUCAAUCAUGUGGAUAUGUCUCUCUAUCUAGCAUUUGAUUAUUCUGAGUAUGAUCUCUAUGAAAUUAUCAGACAUCAUCGAGAAAAGCUUAGCCACAGUAUUAAUCAAUAUACUGUAAAGUCGUUGCUCUGGCAGCUGCUUAAUGGACUAAACUAUCUUCAUAGUAAUUGGAUUAUACACCGUGAUCUGAAGCCGUCAAAUAUUCUGGUUAUGGGAGAUGGAGAGGAACAUGGAGUUGUAAAAAUUGCUGAUUUUGGACUUGCUCGAAUCUAUCAAGCUCCACUGAAGCCAUUAUAUGAAAACGGGGUUGUGGUAACUAUUUGGUACCGUGCUCCUGAACUGCUACUUGGUGCAAAGCACUAUACAAGUGCUGUUGAUAUGUGGGCUGUCGGAUGCAUUUUUGCUGAGCUAUUGACUCUGAAACCAUUGUUCCAAGGAGUUGAAGCCAAAGCUACUCCAAACUCUUUUCAGCUUGAUCAAUUGGACAAGAUAUUCAAGGUACUAGGGCAUCCUACACCUGAAAGGUGGCCUACAUUGGUUAAUCUUCCAUAUUGGCAAAAUGACCAGCAGCAUAUUCAGGGCCAUAAGUAUGAUAACCAUGGUCUACAUAAUUUUGUUACUGUGCCUCAGAAAAGUCCUGCAUAUGAUCUUCUAUCGAAGAUGCUGGAAUAUGAUUCUCGAAAGCGUAUUACUGCAGCGCAAGCUCUGGAGCAUGAGUACUUCCGGAUGGAUCCUCUGCCAGGACGGAAUGCUUUAGUACCAUCUCAACCAGGAGAAAAAAUUGUUAAUUACCCUGCUCGCCCAGUUGACACCACUGCAGAUUUUGAGGGAACAGUCGCUGUUCAACCUUCUCAACCGGUAUCUUCUGGAAAUGCUGCUUCUGGAAACAUAGCAGCUGCAUCUGUUGCCCCUUCAAGAUCCAUGCCUCGGUCUAUGCAUGUAGUUGGAAUGCAAAGGAUGCCAAACACAGGCAUGUCAACUUUUAAUGUUGCACCCCAAGCUGGCAUUGGUGCUCCAAGUUCUGGUAAUAUUCCUAUUCCAAGGGGUGCCGCAGUUCAGGCCCAUCAGCAGCAGCUGAGACGAAAAGAUCCAAGUAUGGGAAUGCAGAAUCCUGGUUAUCCUCAACAGAAGAGGCGCUUUUGAGGAUAA